AUGCACAACAAGAAGGCUCCAGGACCUGAUGGCAUUCCAGCUGAAGUUUUGAAGGUUGUGGCGGCGAGUUAUCCGCUCUUGCUGCUGAAUAUUUUUAGUGCAUCAACACCAUGGGGCCAGACUCCAGUGCUGGAGGCAAAUGGGCUGACUGUGACUCGGUCUAUAGCCAUCACCCGGUACCUCGGUCGUCAGGCCGGUUUGUGUGGUCUGGGAGGAUAUGCAAAGGUACAGACUGAGACUAUAGCUAUCGCCCAGUACCUCGGUCGUCAGGCCGGUUUGUGUGGUGCUGACGCCUGGGAGGAUAUGAGAAUUGAUGAGACUGUCUAUGUCAUCAAUAACUUUCAUGCUGAACUAGCUAAGUGCCAUUAUGAGAGACAUGAGAAGAGAAAGAAAGAAGUAAAGGGCACUCUAUUCAGUACAUCUGCCCCGUUCUACCUGGCCAUACUAGAUGCUCAUGUCAAAGCAAACAAUGGCUAUCUAGCUAACGAAAAGUUGUCUUGGGCUGAUUUGUACUUUGCUGCAAUAAGUGACUACCUAAGCUCCAUGUAUGGAUCCGACAUCUCGGCCGGGUAUCCCAACCUGACGGAACUACGAGAGAAAAUCCUGGCCUUACCCAAGAUAAAGGAGUGGGUCAGCAAGAGACCCGUCACUAAUGUUUGAAUAUCCCAAGAUGUGCCUGUAGGUCAUGUUAAAUUUUAAGAAAUAAGUUUGAUACUCCAAAACAAUUAUAUUUUGUUCAAUAUUUAAGUUAU